UGUCGGCGCAUGUGGUGCUUCAGAGGCUUUGCUGUUGUCUCUUCAGUUCGUUCAGUGUUUUGUCUAAAAUCAUUGUCAGCGGCGAGGCCUGCUCCUCCAUCUAUUGUCCAUAGAAGCAGAAUAUUCUAUAGUCAUUGUGUUGCUAGGGAAGGAGGAAUGGCUGCAGCUGAUCCAGAGAAAGAGGCUCUCCUCUUACCAUUACGUAAAUCAGUACAAGAACAGGGUGAGGUAGUGAGGUCAAUGAAAGAGGCUGGAAAGCCACAACUGGAAGUACAGGAAGCAUUACAAGAAUUGAAGAAGAGGAAGAAACUGCUAGAAACCAAAGAAAAGGAGUUAUAUCCACCAGAGGAAACUCUCAAUCGUUCUGACCUUGAAGACCUUGUAAAGAGGCGGUUUAUAUACGGGCCUUCCUUCUCCAUAUAUGGAGGAUAUACCGGCCUCUAUGACUUUGGGCCAAUGGGUUGUGCCAUGAAGGCCAACUUCCUCUCGGCCUGGAGGCAACACUUUGUCCUAGAAGAAGGAAUGCUGGAAAUAGACUCGACUAUUCUAACACCAGAGCCAGUUCUAAGAGCUUCCGGACACGUUGAAAGGUUCUCUGAUUUCAUGGUAAAGGAUCUUAAGACCGGGGACUGCUACCGUGCCGACCAUUUGCUGACUCAGCAUCUUGAGAAACUGGCAGCCGAUCCUAAAGUGACACCCGAAAAGAAGGCGGAGUAUGAGGGCGUGGUCAGACAGGCUGAUAACUAUGGGCAGUCUGAAUUAGGAGAGCUGUUUGUAAAGUAUGAUAUCAGGGCUCCUCUCACUGGUAAUGAAGUAUCGGCUCCUCUUGAGUUCAAUCUCAUGUUUUCAACCACCAUUGGACCUGGGAAUGGAAUAUCAGGUUUUCUUAGGCCAGAGACAGCUCAAGGCAUUUUUGUCAACUUCAAGCGUCUCUUGGAAUUCAAUUCUGGCCGUCUUCCAUUUGCCGGCGCUCAAAUCGGCAAAGCAUUUCGUAAUGAGAUCUCCCCUCGCUCCGGCCUACUGAGAGUGAGAGAGUUUGAAAUGGCAGAGAUAGAGCACUUUGUCGAUCCAAACAAGAAGAACGAUUGCAAGAAGUUCUCUACGGUUUCCGACCUCAAGGUCCUCCUCUACUCAGCCUCUGAUCAAAUGGAUGGUAGGUCUCCCCGUGAAGUCCCUUUAGGUGAGGCAGUGUCUAGUGGCCUCAUUGCUAACGAAACCCUCGGGUACUUCAUCGGCAGAAUACACCUUUUCUUACUCAAAAUGGGCGUGGCUAAAGACAAAUUGAGAUUCCGACAACAUUUAAGCAAUGAGAUGGCUCAUUAUGCCUGUGACUGCUGGGACGCCGAAUGCAAAACAACUUAUGGUUGGGUUGAGUGCGUGGGGUGUGCUGAUCGUUCAUGCUAUGAUCUGACGAGACACUCACAAACGACAAAGACCGAACUGACAGCAAAAGUGGAUCUUCCUGAACCAAGGACUAUUGAUUGUGUGGAGGUGGUCCCUGAUAAAGCAUCAAUAGGUAAACAGUUCAAGCGUGACUCUAAAGUUAUAAUAGAAGCACUGGCUUCUCUCUCGCCUGAGGCCAUCCUUUCUCUUGAAGAAGAGAUUAAGAAUGGGUCGUACGAUUUAACAAUCAAUGAUCAGACCUUCACAUUAUUGCCACCAAUGAUCAGUAGCAUCAAGAAAUACCAAAAAACAAUUCACGUGAUUGAUGUGGUACCGUCUGUCAUUGAGCCGUCGUUUGGGAUUGGGAGAAUAUUGUACGCAAUUUUGGAACACAAUUUCCGCAAGAGAGAGGGCGACGAAAUGCGUAAUUACCUCUCGCUGCCUCCCAUCAUAUCACCUGUUGGUUGCUCUGUUCUUCCUCUUAGCGGAAAUAACCAGUUUGACCCGUUUGUGAAGACAAUUGCUGAUGGGCUACGAGAGAGAGGUGUCUCUCUUAAGAUAGAUGACAGCAGUGGCUCUAUUGGUAAGAGGUACGCUCGGACUGAUGAGGUCGCCAUUCCUUUUGGCAUUACCAUUGACUUUGAUACUUUGAAAUCAAACACUGCCACACUGAGAGAGAGAGACUCUAUGCAGCAGAUAAGAGCCAAGGUUGAAGUUCUACCAGAUUUAGUCCAAGCAUUAGUCCAGGGAAGAUUGACAUGGAGUCAAGUAGUAGAGAAGUAUCCUUUAUUUAUGGGACAAGAAUCAACAAAAUGAACCAAUAAUAAUGACUCUGACACAAGUAUUAAUUUUUGAUGAUAUUUAAUUUAAGAAUUCAAUGACAGUA